AUGGUGCUGGUGGAUGGGCCGCUGCCCAACAAGUGGCACAGGUCCUGCUGCAGCGGCAUGAUGCCUUCCUGGAUGGCAAGGAGCGCAAGCAGGCCAAGUCUGAGUAAGCCAGCAAGAUCCAUGAAGAGCAAUGUGUCAACUGAGGCGAUGCACAUUGUGACAACAACGCGUCAUGGACAUCUCUCUGGGUGCAUGGGUACGGAGAUGGCCACGGUGCAUGCCCAAACAGUCUUGCAGUUGGUGCACAGCUCUGCAUGA